AUGGCAGCAACUGCACUGGUGGGAAGGCUCUCACUGAACUCCCCGCACAUUCCACAUAUUAGCCAAAGCCUUCCAGCGUUUAUCUACGGAACUGCUUGGAAAAAAGAUGCCACAGCAGAUCUAGUCUACCAAGCACUGAAUGCUGGAAUCAGGGCUAUUGACACGGCCAAUCAACCCAAGCACUAUCAGGAGCAACUGGUAGGCUCCGGAAUCCGGAAGGCUCUGCAGGAAGGCAUGGUGAAGAGGGCCGACAUCUAUGUGCAGACCAAAUUCACCUCAGUUUCUGGGCAGGACCCGGACGAUCUUCCAUACGACCCCAAAGACCCAGUCUCUAAACAGGUUCACGACUCUGUAGAGUCCUCUUUACAGCAUCUUCGAACAUCAGGGGACCGUUUUGACGAUGUGGAAGGAUCAUAUAUUGACACGGUGGUGCUCCAUUCACCGAUGCCUACCAUUGCAGAGACAAUGGAAGUAUGGGAAACUUUGGAGCGUUUUGUCCCAGGGAAGAUUCGUAACCUGGGGGUGUCCAACUGCAAUUUGUUUACCUUGAUGGAUAUUUUUGAGAGAGCAACCAUCAAGCCAGCUGUAGUUCAAAACCGCUUCUAUCCCCAAACUAAGUUUGACAUUGGCCUACGAAAAUUCUGUCUUGAGAAGGCUAUCAUCUACCAAAGUUUUUGGACAUUGACAGCAAAUCCCAAACUGGUCUGGUCUGCUGAGGUUGGUGUCCUUGCUAAUCAAUUAGGUAUAUCCACGCAAGCAGCUCUGUAUUGUCUCGUGUUUGGUUUGGGAAACAUAGUUGUGCUUAAUGGCACAAAAAGACACGAGAGAAUGAGAGCAGAUUUGGAAGCGGUUGAACUUGUCAAAGCCUUCGCCAUCAGAAGCCCAGAGGCUUGGGAGAGAACGCUGCAGUCAUUCAAGAAGCUACUGGAAGAUCCAGUGACUUAG